AUGGGUUCUGUAAUGAUUGUUCCUCUUUGUAGCAGGAACCACCAGGCACAAGAACUUCAGCUCUCAGACUGGUUUAAACCCAGGAGACGCCCGGAUGUCAUCACGAUCACGAACUGGCUGGCUCCAAUCAUAUGGGAAAAGACCUUCCACAGACAGGCCCUGGAAAAAUAUUACAGAAAGCGGAAUAUUACGGUGGGCUUGGCCGUCUUUGCUGCUGGCAGGCUUGUCGACGAGCACCUGGAGUUGUUCUUGCGAUCGGCCAAGAAGUACUUCAUGCCUGGCCACAGGGUGGUCUUCUACAUCAUGGUGGACACAUACCCGCAGCUGCCUUACAUACAGUCCAGUCCUCUGCGAAGUUUCCAGGUGCUCGUGAUGGGGAGGGAAAGAUGGUGGAUCGAUCUUGACCUCAUGCGCAUGAAGACCCUGGCUGAGCACAUCGUGGAUCACAUCCAGAAUGAGGUGGACUUCCUGUUCAGCAUGACAGCCAACCUGGUCUUCCAGAAUGAAUUUGGGGUGGAGACCCUGGGCGCAUCUGUGGCUCAGCUCCAUGCCAGGUGGUAUUUUCAAAACCCUAAAUACUUCCCCUAUGAGAGGAGACCUAAGUCGGCUGCCUACAUCCCCUUCGGAAAAGGUGACUUUUAUUAUGGAGGCUCCACCAUUGGUGGCACGCCGCGCCGCAUUCUGGACUUCAUUCAGAACUAUCUGAAGGGCAUUCUUCAUGACAUGCGAAGUGGACUUAACAGUUCCUACGAAAAAUACCUCAACAAGUACUUUUUCCUCAAUAAGCCCACUAAGCUGUUAUCCCCAGAGUACAACUGGAACCCCAUGUUUAUCAGCCCUAAGCAGGUGCGGUACAUGAAAGUCGCUCUGUAUCCCCCAGAGACCUCGUGA